AGUUGUGUGUUGAAAUUCAAGUUGAUAAGUUCGAUUUUUCAUACUCACAAAGUGGAACGAUGACUUCAAGCUAUACUAUGAAUUUGACAUUUGACGACAACCCCGAUGGAAUCUUCUAUCCAGGGCAGACAGUUAAAGGUCAACUUGAAUUCAUCGUAUCAGCGCCUUUAAAACUGAGAGGCUUAAUUUUGACAAUCAGAGGAAGUGCAAUGUGCAAUUACUCGAGCGAUUUGACAGCUGAACAAGAAUUUUUUGUGCAAGAUCGUGAUUUAAUUGGAAGUAAAGGUGCUGAGCCGAAAGAAAUUCAAACGGGAACAUAUGAUUAUGAUUUUGCACAUCGUUUGCCACGAAAUAUUCCAUAUUCGAUUGAAGGGGUUUAUGGCUAUGUAAAAUAUUACGUUAUGGCAACUUUGGAUCUUCCAUGGGACAUGUACGAUAAAACCGUUGAAAAACCAUUUACUGUAAAGCGUUAUGAAGAUUUGAAUUACAUGUCUGGUAUGCGUGAUCCAAGAGAAAUAAUUGUGAAGAAGGACAUCGAUUCUCCAAGUUGGAUUUUUUGGAAAACUGUUAACGGUUAUGUCAUCCUGAAAGGAAGCAUCCCUAAAUGUGGCUAUGCACCCGAAGAAGAAAUCAAAGUUGACGUUGAAAUCAACAAUCAAUCAAAUGUUGACAUUGAAAGUGUUUUAAUCUCACUUCAGAAUGUUGGUUCUUAUGUUUGUCAAACUCCGUGGGCGAAACUGGAAAAAAGCACACAAUUAAAAAUGUGCGAAAUCGUCGCCAAAGGUGUCAAAGCAGGCUACACUUCGAAGAUAAAGGAGAAACUUGCAGUACCAGCAACAACUUUAAUUACUUCCGUAAUGUUUUGCAACGUUUAUCAAAUCAGUUACAACGUUCAAAUCUCAUUGAAGUUUCGUCGGUACAAUAAUAAUCUCACGAUGAAUAUUCCAGUUUACAUCGGUUCCGUUGGAUUGAAACCAGUCGAAGAACUUGAUAAAAAUGUUCGCAUUCCACCAUUAUGGCCACCAGAUUAUAAAGUUCAAGCAAAUGACAAACAAAAUGCUGAAAAGGAAAAUUCAGAAAAUAUUGACGCUUCAUCAGCUAUGACUGAGGAAGCAGCCGAUUGAGCACUCGAAAAAUGAAUAUUUAAUUGCAAAAUUGCACAUUUUUUAUUACAUAUCGAAUUAAAUGUUUUCAUAAAAAAGAUUAAUUAAAAAUUAUACAAUACAUGCGAUGUUAUCUCAUAAUAAUCAAACACGCAAAAAAAUUAAUAAAAAGAAUUAAAUUGGAUUAAAUACCUAAUAAUAAUAAAAACUUAUCACAAUUGAUUAAUAUCACUUUUAGAGCCUUGCGAUGAUCCAUUUUCAUUGCCGGAUGUUUGAAACAAUUUCUUUUCACACAAACGACGAACGUUUUCCUGACGUGAUGCUUCUGCGUGUUUUAGAAUCUUUUUGAUAUCAUCAUAGUUAUUAAGUGAAGCGCUUAACAUGUAAGCAGUUUUCAAUUGAUUAGAAUUAAUGUAACAUUGAAUUUUAAUACUUUUACUUGUAAUGAGUUUGAUGAGUUUAUCAAUUUGAUUCUUUGCAUUAGCUUGAUGUUGAUUGUAAGCAAUUUCCACAGCCAUAGCAACAAGUUCAUCACAAAGAUCUAAUGUUUCAAUAUCAAUGACAUUCUCUUCAUUGGCAGCAUUCGUUUUAAUUGACUCAAUGAACUUUUCCACAUCCAGCAGUCGACUAACGUUUUUAGCAAGAUAUUUUAUGCAUGUUGAGUAAAUUUUUGUUGCGCUUAAUGAACAUUCUUGAAUGACACGAUAUGAUAAACCAAAACCAUUUUCAAUUGAAUGUCCACAGAGUAAAAGGAGAAUCGCCACAUGAUUUCUCUCUUGAAUUAAUCCGAAUAAAGUUUUCAUACCAGGCUUAUCAAGAAAAAUUCUCGGCAUUAAUCCAAUAGUAGGCAAACCAUCAGCUUCACAUCGCGCUAAAUAUUUCGAAACCUCAAUUUGAAGUGAAAUGAUGUUGAUAUGUGCGUUGAUUUUCUUCAAAUCCCAUUUUAAUGCAAUUUCCUUUUUUACUUUCACUCUUCUGAUUGUUUUUCUUGUUCCAGUCAGAUAUCUUCUCAAGUUCAGUUUGUAAAUGAAUUUUUUUACAUCAACCAAGUAACGACAUCUUGAAUGAAGUUCCGUGUAAUUUCCGAACCAUCAAGAUAGAAUUUUAUGCAUGUCAAAGCAGCACGCACAAAAUCUCCAAUCAAUAUUUGCAUCUGAUAAAGGCAAUGAAGUGCUCGCUUUCGUUCAAGAUAUUUGCAAGCUGCAAUGAUGUAAUCCUCCCAAAUCUUAAAACUUCCAUCCAUUUGUUUCACAAGAUCAAUAAAUUCACUAAGUCUUCCGGUUUUUGCUAUUGGUACGAAGACACGAUGAAUGAAAAGUUCUGUUGGAAUUUGUUGUGCAAUCACGUAACGAAGUGUCGAUGAAAUUAAAUUGCUGACCAUUAAAAAUGAAAUAUAUUCAGCAUUUCCACCGUAAUUUGUUAAAUAGUAAACACUUUCUUCAUAAUAAUGACUACUGAGGAUUGGAGAUGAAUUUGACUGCCAUUCAAACUUUCCCAAAGGCUUUUUAGUCGCUGGUCCGUAAUCACCUUCAGAAAUAUUUUUCAAAUUACUCAAAAGAUUUAGAACAUUUGUUGGACUCUCAACUGUGACAUUCGAUGGAACUUCCGAUUUUGGUUGUCGACUUGCAUUUGUUUCAAGUGAUUCGAGAACUUCUUGAAGUAAAGGCGGUGACCUUGUUGAUUGUCUAUAAUUAAACCAAGUUGGAUCGACAGCAUUAUUGUCAUUCAACAAAUUAAUGAACAUUUUAAUGAACAAAUUAUUGAUUUGAGUUGAACUUCCAUUAACUGACUGCAAUGCCAAAGUAAUCUUUUCUCGUGCAAAUCGAUAACGUCCAGCUUUGAUUGCUGAGACACCCCAAGCAGAAAAGACGCCUGACGUUCCAGAUCGAUCCCAUUUCACUGACAAUUCCAAAGCAAUCUUCCAAUUCUCAGCUUUAAUUAAAUCGUUGAUGAUAUUUCGAAUAGUGACGCUGUUUAUAGGUUCCAUUGGUAUUAAAGGAACGAUUGAUUCGCAAUUGUUCUCCGCCAUUUUCAUAACAACAUCAGCACGAUCAAUAAUCAUAUUUGCUUCACCCUAAGCCCCAUGAAUUUUUGCUGCAAAUGCCAAACAUUUCAACAUUUUCGCUACGAGACUCAUGUCAAUUUCUUCGUUCACUUUUCCACCAUGUAUUGGACGAAGAAGAAUCUCAAGUCGAUGACAAUGGAAGAGUAGAAAUUGUGCGAGCUCAUCAUUCGAUGAGUGAAGAUUAAUAAUUGAAAUGCAAAGUCCGACAUUUGGAGAAAAUUCAAAAUUAAAAUCAUCUCGAAUUAAUUGAUCCGCUGAAAUGUCGCCGGUGAGUUUCCAUUCGAUUUUCCCAUCAGCAGAACUUAAAUCGACUUCAAUUCGCUUCUUUUUCUUUUCAAUGUCAAUUUGUUGAUAACACUCAAUGCAAACACGAACUAUUAGCUCAUUGUAAACUUCUGGAAAUUGAAGACGAUUUUGAGAACAAUUUGCACAAACAACUCUUCCACAUCGACGA